GCCCUGUCCCAUUUCUCCCCCCUUAAAACUUCCACUUGGUUUUGAGUGCCCUCGAAAGUAAAGUCCCCUCAACGAGGGAAGUGGAGUUGAAGAUCUUUCCCUAUGAAAUGGGACACCACUAUAUGCAAAUUAGCGCGGCAAACCUCACUACGUCACGCGCAACGUCGACGUGUCUACUACUACUAUUUUCAUUCAGAAAAUGCCGGUUCCAGCUGUUGUGUUGCCUGUUGUGUGGGCUGUGUUCGUGUAUCUACGUCUGAUGAAUCAACAGAGAAGGCAUGUGGAAUAUAGAAGACGCAUUCGCCGUCUUCUUUGCCUUGAGGAUUUAUUUCAGAGUGACCGUCCAGUGACAUACUGCAGUUUGAAUACUGUUGUGCCCAUCCUACGCCUGUGGUUUAAUGUGGAGUUAGAGAUCAAACAGGACUUCAGGUUAAAUAGGCAGGCCAUGCAUGCCCUGCAGCGCCUGAUGCAGAGAGAGCAGGACCAUGGAUGGGGCACUGAAUUUGAAGUCCUGAUAUACGUCUAUUGGCUUGCCCAUGGACUUUCCUAUCGUGUGGUGUCGCGAGUUUUCAGUGUGCCCAAAUCCACUGUUCACAGAAUUAUUCACAAGGUGGCACAGUUCAUUUGGGACAAUCUACAUAGAGCCAUUGUCUUUCCGAAGCCUGCAGACCUGGACACUGUGGGUGAUGGAUUUGCCCAGUGCUCUGGAACGCCCGUCCUCAACAAAGCUGUAGGUGCUAUUGAUGGCUGUCACAUAAGAAUCAAGCCCCCAUCAGUUCAUCGCCUGGACUAUUUAAAUUACAAAGGGUUUUACUCCAUAAACAUGCAAGCCAUCUGUGACUCUGCUGGAAAGUUCCUGGAUAUUUUUGUAGGCUAUCCAGGUUCCGUACACGACACACGCAUUUUGAAAAACAGUAACUUUUAUCUGGCCAGAAAUUAUCCACCCAAUGGAUACUUUAUCCUGGGAGAUGGCGGAUAUCCUUGUUUGGAGACACCAAUCUGCCUCAUCACUCCAUAUAGGGAACCUGUGAAUGGCCCAGUGCAAAGGAAAUUUAAUUACCACCAAUCAAGGGCACGUUCCAUUGUAGAGAGGGCCUUUGGCAUUAUGAAGACUCGUUGGAGGUCCACACUUUUCAGGGCCCUGGAGGUCAGUCCUACAUUUGCACCCCAGGUCAUAGCAUCCUGUGCUUUCCUGCACAAUGUUUGCAUUGAUAAUGGAGAUGUCCUGGAACCAGACAAUGAUGUGGCAGUGGACAUCCUGGACCCAGAACCUCCCCUACAAGAAGCUCCUGAGGCACAUGAAACACCAGGGAAUGCCACAAGGGACAGACUUGCUGCCUUGAUCAGCGCACAAGCCCCUCAUUAGAAAAUUCUGAUGAAAAUUGUAAAUAGUUCAACUCUCUGAGUGUGUUUUUUUAAAUGCACAUG